AUGUCUCUGGUAGUGAGCAAGGAGUGCCUGGAUACUGGGUCGAGAGUGCAGAUGUACAAGGAGGCAUCCAAUGGUGAACACAGCUUACAACAAAUGGAACUAGCUGAGAUAUCCAGCAAAAUUUCAAAUUGAGAUAAAUGGAGAGAAAUUUUUAGUUGCCAUGGGUUGGAAAUCAAUAAUACAAUUCACCAAAAAUACCAAGACAAUCACAAAUCUGAUUAUGACAACAAGGAUGGAAUGGAAGCAUCUCAGUUUAGAAGUUCCAAAAAGCAGGGACAGUUUCUAUCCACUAUCCCUUUCUUAAUCCCCAAACCGCUUACAGUCUCGUCAAACCUGGGCGGCCUGCCUAUCUCCCUAGAAAUGGCAGUGGGGCUCCGAAAAAUGUUAUUUGGAAACACAUUCCACGUCUUCAGCUAUGAAUGGAAAAAAUCAUGUUUCAAGUUCCACGCUCCAUAUUCUGAUCUAUCCUAUGCUUUGGAGGCAGAAAAGGGGGGAGCAAGAGCAAUUCUGAUGGCUGUACAGGUGUACAUCAUUAAAUACUGCUUGUUCGUAAGAAAUAGAGAGGAAAAUAUUCCCCUCCAAGGUUUAUGUGAAAUGAGCCAAACAGAACAAGAAAACGCUCUUGCAGAAUCUCUGGGAGAUAUUCUGUGGACAGCAGGGGAAUGUCGGAAAGCCAUUGUAUGUCUUGUCACCACUGAUACUUAUUUUACACCCAAUAUAGACUACAAAAUAGAUAACUUGACUGAAAGACUCCAGCUGUUUGAAUUUUUUGAGAAAGAAGCAGCUCAGAAAUUUAUCUGUGAUCAUAUACAAUGUUUCAAAGGUGAAGGAAGCCAUGGUGUGAUCUUAUUUCUAUACAGCUUGCUUUUCUCUAGGACAUUGGAAAGGCUCCAAAAAGAUCUAGACUUCACAACAUCUCAUCUGUUACAAUUCAGUCUUGGAAACUUCAUCUGUAGACAGGCAAUUCUCAACGUCAUUUUAACAGGCAGAGCAAGUCCACAUGUAUUUAAUGGGUUCCAGAAAUUUGACAGUGAAGGUGGAGUGCAAGAACUAUUGCAUGGAGUCCUGGCCCGCAGUGAUGUGGGCUAUUUACACUGGAACAAGGAGGAAGUGGAGCGUUACAGACCCUUCCAGGUUGGAAGCAUGCUAAAGACUCCUAAAUUACCCAUCUGGCUGUGCAACAUCAGUGGCAUAUACAGUGUUCUUUUCAGCACAAACAGGCUGCUCUUAUCCGACUGGAAAAUGGAACACAUCUUUGAUCUUUACUUAUAUAAUGGGCAGCCAUCACAGAAAAAAACAGUACAUCUAACAGUAGACACUCAUUCUCAUCAUUGGGAAAAGAAUCACUGUGAAGAAAGUGACCCAGAAAAGAGAUUUCCUUCUGUGGAGAUGGCAAUCAGAACGAAGUGGGAGGGGGCAGCCAUCAACUGGAAUGGGGCUGUCCCAUUCUUCUGAAGAAAGAGACUGCAAAAAUGUGGCAUCCACGGCCCUGUGACUGGCUCUGUAAAGUACGGAAGUCCACUGAGGAAAAGAAUGCUUUGUUACCAUUAGAACAAUCUUUGCCAUCUUAACAGGACUCCCAGCUUAGACUGGCAUUAUAGCCUACUACGAAUCACUUUGCAUUUGGUUAUAAAUUAUCAUUUAUGAAACAGAAGAAUUCAUUAUUAAACUCUUUUAAUCUAUACAAGAAUUCUGGGAGGGGGUGUAGUUUAUGCUACACACACACACACACACACACUUCUCACAGCUGCAGGCUGAAAAAAGAGUAAGGAGAAAAGUGGAGCAUGGCAACUUUUUGGGAGGAAGAAGGGGCCACACCAACACUAUCACUUUCUCCUAGGGCAAGCAGUGAUGUUAAUUGAAUAAUAGUAUCUCCUAUAUGUGUUGUACAUAGGGGAAAUAAAAUCAGAGUCAAUAAAGCAAGGAUAGUAUAAAUGACCAUUAUGUUCAUCUGAUGUGUAUGAAAUGCAAGCUGCUCAACGUUUCAAAUUCUUUGCACUUCUGACUUGUCACUUAAUUAAUGUCUUUGAAAAAAGAAAUCUUCUACUGUAAGUAAAGAAAGCGUCCUAGUGGACUGAGCAUAGGAUUUGAAGCUGGGAACUAGAUACAGCUCACUUCUGAGGCAUUUUUGGUUGCAAGGUACAAUAGCAUGUGAUUUUUCAAAUGCACUCAGCAUUGACCUAACUUUGCUCGCACUGGGAGCAAAUAUGAGGCAACUCUGACCAAUUAUUAAAGUCCCACCCGAAGACUUUAAAUGUGAGAAUGUAGCCCUGCUUCAAAUAUUGAAUGACAUUCAUUCCUUGAAUUUCAGAAUGGUGGAGAGUAGAACUGCACUUUCUGCACUCCAGUUGCACCCUUGUGCCAGGACUCAGUUUCACACAGGGAUUCCUUUGGCCCAGUGAUUACUACAAGGUCUUUUGUGGACAGCUGUCCCUUCCCUGUGUGCAUUCCAUAUAUAUAGGGCGACCAUCUUUUCAAAAGGCAAAAGCGGGACAUAUGCAGGAGUCCUGCACCCCCGGCUGUGGCCCCUCCCCCUGCUUCUCCUCCUCCUCUUCCCCUGAGACCCCACCCAACCCAGAGGCCCUGGCCAGGCCAGAGGCUGGAGCCGGGCUAUGGUAAGAGCAGCCCAAGGAGCCGGGCAACUGUGUGGAGCCCCAAACCCUCCACCUGCCCUGGAUGGGGGGCUGGGGUGCCCGAGACCAGACCCCAGCCAGUGUCCCUGCCCCCCCGAGCCACACCACCAAGGGCAGGUGGACAGUCCCAGGCUCCCCACAGCGGCCCAAGCUACCUGACCAGCUCUUAUUACUGCCUGGCUCACCUCAGACCCCCGCCACGGAAGAGACUAGUGCCACCCCUGAGCCUCAGGGAAAGUGCAGAGCUGUGCCGGAGGGAUUCUGGGACAAAUGCUGUCCCAGAGUCAUUCAGCCCCGGACCGGAACUUGAACUCUGCAUUUCAGGCCUGUCCCACCCAAUUUGGGACAGGUGGUCACCCCAUCCAUAUACUGCACACACCAACUUAACCGGUAAUCAGAGUCGCUACCACUUUGCUAGUAAAAAAGUUAAACUAUUACUAUGGAGUGAGUAUCUAUUUCUGGAACAACAGAGCCCUGGCAACUAACCAACUGAGUGCUACCAUAAUAGGUAUGGAGGAAACAGAAGCUGGUAGUCUGUUCAAAUGAAACUAUAACAGGAAAUUAAUUUCCACUGUAAAUUAAUUCUUACAAUUCCCCUUCAUUAUAGGACUUGGACUUUUCUGACAAAACAUUUUAUCUAGACCAAUUUCUUUAUAAUUUUGGUGAACUACAGUGAUGAGAAAAAACACUCACCCUGGGUUAGUUUCAUCCAACCCUUUUGAAAACUGCAUUUUAAUUUCAAUGAGAGGAAAAACAACAUCAUGUCAACAAGUCAGUGGUAGAGCUCUGGUAUAGAACUGGUGACUGAUUCCUGCCUCAGAUACCCAGACACAUUGACAAAUCAGGAACAGAGUAUUCUAGUGACUGCAUUUUACAAUACACUUCCUCUCAGUUUUCUUGUCAUUCUUUGUCUCUUUUUCUCUGUACAACACAUACAAAUAUUCUGUUUAUAUGUAUAAGCAUGUAAACGUUAUGUAACAUGACAUACCUGAACAUCUA